UAUAUGUUUCUUUCUAUGAUUAAGCAUUUCUAAGCUCCACAAAUGCUUGAAUAUUGUAUUGGCAUCGUAAUAAUAUUGUAAGUCAAUGCGAAAUUUCAGCUCGAUUAGAGCAGUAGAAGUGGUCGAAAAAUCGAUCGCAAGAUUUGAAAUUUUGUAAAGUAUGACGAAAAUAAUUCCAACGGACGAAAAUAUUUCAAACUGUUUUUAGUGGAAAAAACUAUACCUGCUUUUUUUGUAAGACACGCUUGCAAGAACUUUCGGUCUCAUUUCAAUUAAAUAUUUAAGUAGAGUAAGUAAGCUUUUAAUCAUUAAAAAUAUUAUAAAAGUGAAUAAUAAUAAGUAAAGAACAAGAUGGAUGUGAAAGCAGAAGCACCAAAUGGUCCAGCACCAGUAAAAAAUGAAAAUCAAAAUCAGCCAAAACCACAAAGAGAAAAUGUGAACGCUAGUAAAAAUUUGAACCAAAAUCCGAAUAAUCAGAAUAAUAAUAUGGGUGCAGGAGGUCCAAAUAGACGAAAUAUGAAUAUGAACAGAAACUUCCAAGGUGGUAGAGGAGGUAAAGGAGGUCCAGGAGGCAAUAUGGGUAAUCGAGGACCGAUGAAAAAUGAGGAUUUUAUUGUAAAUUCGAAACUGAAGAAUUUGGGUGGACCAACUCACGAUUUACCAGAACUUGUGUGCGAAGAAAUUAAAUUUUCUGGGCGCAAUCGAUUGUAUAUUGGUAAUUUGACGAGUGAUGUGACAGAAGAAGAACUUAAAGAUCUAUUCAGUCCUUAUGGUGAGAUUGCAGAAGCUUUCAUUAAUGCUGAGAAGAACUUUGCAUUCCUCAAGAUUGAUUAUCGAGCAAAUGCUGAACGAGCCAAGAAAGAUCUUGAUGGAAGAAUGCGUAAAAAUAAGCCAAUUCGUAUUCGUUUCGCACCAAACGCCACAACUAUUCGUGUUAAGAAUCUUACUCCAUUCGUAUCAAAUGAAUUACUUUUCAAAUCAUUUGAAGUUUUCGGACAAAUUGAGCGUGCUGUCAUUAUUGUGGAUGAUCGUGGAAAAACAACUGGCGAAGGAAUUGUUGAGUUUGCAAGAAAAUCAGGUGCAAUGUCUGCUCUCAAAUACUGCAGUGAAAAAUGCUUUUUCUUGACAUCAUCAUUACGUCCAUGUGUUGUUGAGACUUUUGAUCAUAUCGAUGAAACUGAUGGAUUCCCUGAAAAAUCUUUGAUGCGAAAAAGUAACGAUUAUUACAAAGCUCGUCAAAAUGGUCCAAGAUUCGCUGAAUUAGGCAGUUUUGAGCAUGAAUUUGGUACAAAGUGGAAGCAAAUGUAUGACAUGUACAAGCAAAAGCAUGAUGCUCUUAAACGUGAAAUGCAAUUGGAAGAAGAGAAGCUUGAAGCACAAAUGGAAUAUGCUAAAUUUGAGCAUGAGACAGAAUCAUUACGUGAACAAUUGAGAAAACGUGAACAAGAUCGUGAAAGGCAGAAGAAAGAAUGGGAAGAUAGAGAACGGCAUGUAGAUGAGAGUCGUGUUCGUGAUGAGCAACAAAUGAGAAGACAACAAGACGAUAUGCAAAUGAGAAUGCAAAGACAAGACGAGGAAAUGAGACGAAGACAACAAGAAAAUUCAUUAUUUAUGCAAGCACAACAAUUAAGUAACAUGUUGGAUCAACAAGAAAUGAAUCAAGGCGGUGGAAAUGGUGGAAAUGGAAGCAAUCAAGGAGGUGGGGGUGGUGGAAAUCAAGGAGGAGGUGGAGGUGGGGGUCGUAGAAACUAUAAUAAUGACAGAAAUAAUGAUCGCAACCAAAACUUUGAAAUGAUGAACCAAGGUAGAGGUGGAAAUGGCGGAGGUAAUCAGUAUCAAGGUGGAAAUCAGCAUUAUCAAGGAAAUCAGGAGCAAGGAAAUCGUUUCGACGGUCCACAACAACGAGGAAAUGUUCGUCCAUGGAAUAAUAAUGACCGUGGUCAUCGUGAUGAGUUCCAAAAUAAGCGAAGACGUUAUUAAAAAGAGAAUUUUAAACAUUUUUUUUUAUCACUCAAAUUAAUUGAAAAUUAAGAUUUCAAUAAAUCUACAAAUCACAAACAGAUAAAGAAGAAUAUAUCUAACAACUAAUUCAUCCACAAUUAUUGUGUAGCUAAUAAGACUUAAAGUGUUUUGCGAGACCGUUCUAGAAUUCAACCCACUUAUAUGGAUUUUAUUGUCUGCAAUUUUUUUUAUAUGAAAAGAGUUUUAUCAUAUUUAGAAAGAAAUUUAUAAUUUCAAGUAAUUAUUAUAUAAGAAUUAGCUAAUUUAGUGUUUCUUUGACCUCUCAAGGAUCUUAAAAUCCGUAAAAAAACAAUUUAUUAUUUUUAAUUCAUUUCUUUUUCUAGUGUAAUAAGGAAUAUUCAUACUACUUUUAAUCUACUCAUUGCUUUUGAUUGAUAAAUGUAUUGAUGAUAAUAAUAUAUAUGCUUAAAAUAUAUGAUUCAUUAAAAAUAUCACUCCUUAAACAUACAAAAAAACAUACUUUCUAUUUCCAUUCUAGUAAAUUGAAUGAAUGAGCCUGUUGUGAAAAUAUUUUUGGGUGAAAGUUCGCGUGGAUGAUGUGUGAUAAUAUUUUUUUGGACAUUAGUCUUGAUCAGGAGUAAAAGUUAACUCUCAAUUAUUGGAAUUUUGGUAGUCCUUUAAAAAAUCACUUUUAUUUCGUUCUGUUUUAAAAACAUGCGUACAAUUUAAAACCUCAUUUUGAUUAGAUUUAAACUUUACUCCUAAUCUAAGAUCAAUUACUGUUUUAGUGAAUUUUAAAAUACAUUCUCGGAACUUUUAAUCAAAAGCUUCUGAUAGUGUGUUCUGUUACUCAUUUUUGUGCAACUCUGUGCUGUCUUAACCAACUUGUUCUUCGUGAUAAGCCAAAAACUAAUAACUUUUUUGAAAGUAGAAUUCUUUAAGAAUUUAUCAACCUUAAUCAGAUACAAAUCAGUCAGCAUUAUAUAUAGCUUUCAGCUAUACUGAUAAUUAGUAAUAUGUUUGUUUCUAGUGAACUUUUGGAACAAUGAAUAUCAUGAAGAAAUAAUAGUGAUAUCAAAAUGGAACUGUCUGUCGUCAAAAAAUAACUGUAUAGUUGGCAAUUUUUUAUGGAUACAAUUCAGUGCCCAAUUUUUUUCGCAACAAAAGCUUAUUUAUUGUCUGGUGCAAAAAAAAAGAAAAAGUCUUAUUUUAGACUAACAGCAAACUUGUUCUAAUUCUUUAAAGUUUAAGGGAAAUGGUUAAAUUAUUAUGGAGUAUAAAUGACAUAAAUGUAUUAAAAUCUACGAAUGUCAAUUUAACCUGAAUGCUGGGAAUUCUGCCUUGUUCUAAAAAGUAUUAAUUUGACUAGUUUAUAAGUAUCUCUUAAAAGAAAUAAAGACAGUGAACCUCAAUUGUAUUUGUUCCAAUUUGAAUUUUCAUCGAAAAUACGAUUUACUAAUUCUCCAUUCUUGGCAAGUAAUGGACUAAAAUUAAAGGACACAACCUGAUUAAAAGCAACUUCAUGCUAUCCUAAACAUCAUCAACUGACUAGUUUACAUAGUCUAUAAUUUCGUUGCUGAAGUCUUGAUACAAAAGACUAGACGAUAAAAUCUUUUUGCGUAUUACAUUGUAAGCACCAUAAAUAGGAAAUUUGAAUUUUAAGGAUAUUUGCGUUGAAGAAAUCAAAUUAUUGCAUUGUGGACAUCGAAAAACAAUUUAAAUUCAUUGUUAACUGAAUUGAUUGAUUGCUAAACAUUUUGGGGAAUUGGGUAAGAAAAAAAAUAAAUGUUAAAAAACUCAUCAUGAAUUCUCUGAAGGCCAAUCUAAAAACACUGUGCAUCUUUAUGCUAAUCAUCAUAGCUGAAUUUGAAUUAAUCAAAUAACUGAUUCUGAAAAUCUAUUAUCAUGAUACAAAGAUAAAAAUGGUAAGAGGUAAGGAUGACAAAAAAAAAAUCACUCUGAAAAAACAGAAAUUCUUUUUUAUGAUUAUUUUGAAUUGUUUUAUGUACUUAAUGGCUUUAUACUUACUUACCUACUUAUUUUUUUUUGUUGCUAUGAACAAGAAAAAUGUCACUAAGUCAAGACUUACUUCUUGAAAUUGUUUAAACCAACUUAGUUCUCUCAAUUCUCUAUUUUUUGUAGCACUCACUUGGCAAUUCUUGAAAACUGAAGCAGAAAUUUUUUUGUCCUCUAAACACUUCGGACGGCAAAAAUAUUUCAAAUUCAUCUCUUAUCAGCCAUGAAACGCUACAUAUUCUCAUGAAAAUAAGUCAUAUUGUACUGUACAUCAUACUAAGUUUCUCUAAUGCCAAUAAUUCUCAAGAUAUAUUUUAUGAACAAAUUAAAAUGUCUACAAGAAAGUACAUAAAUUUUUUGAUAGUAUAUUUUUUUAAAGAAAUCAUUCGGAAUUGAAUCAUACAGGAUUGCUUGCAAAUAUACUGCAGCAUACUGUUUAAAAUUGAAAUUCUAUAGAAAGUUUUUUGACUUGUACAAAAAUGUCUUAUAAUCAAUAGAAUUAUCACUAAUAGUAAUUUUUCUAUAAAAAAAUCUUACAGUAUUAUCGUCCAUAUAUGAAU